AACAGGUCAGCAUCCAAAAUGGCUGCCAACACCACUUCGGAAGAAGACAUUUAUGGAGACUAUGAGGACUAUUCUGAUUUUGAAGACAACCUGCUUCUCCGUGACUCCAUGCGCACUCUCUCCAUGGUGGUCUACAGCAUUGCCUUUGUACUGGGGGUGGUUGGGAAUGGCCUGGUCAUCUUUGUCACCGGCUUCCGCAUGAAGAGAACCAUCAACACCAUCUGGUUCCUCAACUUGGCCAUUGCCGACUUUGUCUUUACUUUCUUCCUGCCGCUGAGUGUCAUCCACAUGGCCCUGGGCUUCCAUUGGCCCUUUGGGAAAGUGCUCUGCAAACUUAACAGCACAGUGGCCUUCUUCAACAUGUUUGCCAGCGUCUUCCUGCUCACGGUCAUCAGCAUGGACCGCUGUAUCUCGGUGGCGUGCCCAGUCUGGGCCCAGAACCGCCGUACUCCCCGGCUGGCGUCUCUGGCAGCCUUGGGCGUCUGGGUAGCGGCCCUUAUGCUCAGCUUCCCACAUCUUGUGUUUCGUGACACCAGACAGUCCCCUGCCGACAAGAAUGUCACUCACUGCUACAACAAUUUUGCCUUGUCUGUCGAUUUUCAGUCAGAGGAAGUCACCCGGCUGGAAGAAUAUCGACACCGAGCCAUGGUGCUGACCCGUUUUGUGGCUGGCUUCCUGGUGCCGUUCACCAUCAUUUUGGUCUGUUACGGCGUCAUCGCGGCCAAGCUUAAAGGAAGCCGGCUGACCCGCUCCGGCAGGCCCUUCAAGAUCAUGGUGGCAGUGGUCUUGGCCUUUUUCGUUUGCUGGUUCCCUUACCAUGUCUUCUCCUUCCUUGAGAUGUCGUUGGCCAUGGUGACGCCCUGGCAACAGACGCUCCUGGUGGUGGGAACGCCCUUGGCUUCAGGCUUGGCUUAUCUCAACAGCUGCCUGAACCCUUUCUUGUACGUCUUUGUGGGGCAGGAUUUCAGGGAAAAGUUGCGGAUGUCUGUCCUCGCAGCUUUCGAGAGUGCCUUCAGCGAGCCCUCAGCUCAGGCCUCCCUGCCUUUUACAAAGAGCAAAUCUAGCUCAGGUGUCGACCAUCACCUAGUCUAGAGGGCCUGCGUCUGGACCAAGACUCUUGAGAGAAAGAGAAUGGG